CAAUUGCGAUUAACUCCAUUAAGUUCAAGGCAUAUCCAGCGACUCCGCCACUCCGGUUCUCCCCCAAUUUUCCAUUUUCAACCCUAGCCCUCUCAUUUGCGAUUCUCUGCAACUCUGCCAGUCGGACGAGUGGAUCCGCCCAAUUCUUCCACAUACGUCCAACCCAACCUAAGGGGUUGAUUUGCUGCAUGAGAGGGAGCAAAUAGAUGGUUAUUUAUUAGUCAUCGAUUGCAUAGUGUAAUGAGUUUGGUUUCACAGAUAAGGCAUCGUUUGCCUCAUGUACUCUUAAGACAUCCUAUUCUGUACAAUGCAACUGCACAACAUCCUGCUGCCAGGUGGACUCGGAACUUUGCUCAACAAAGUGCCAGGAAAGAGGAAGAAGAAGGUGAAGGAGUUGAGAUCGACCAGAGAAGGCUCCCAGCCGAUUAUGACCCUUCAACAUUUGAUCCAACAGAGCAUCGCAGUCCUCCAACAGACAGAGUGUGGAGGCUUGUUGAUGAAGUUUCCGGGCUCUCACUGGUUGAAGUAGCAGAGCUGUCUGGGAUUUUGAUGAAGAGGUUGGGUUCUGUGGUGGGGGUAAUGUCUAUGAAGAAGGGUCCCACAGCCGGAGCAGCCGAGGAAGAAAAGAAACCCGAGAAAACCGUGUUUGAGCUAAAGCUAGAGUCUUAUGAUGCUUCUCAAAAGAUCAAGAUAAUCAAGGAGGUCCGCGGUUUCACUGAUUUAGGUCUCAAGGAAGCAAAGGAUUUGGUGGAGAAGUCGCCUGCAAUAUUUAAAAAGGGUGUGUCAAAGGAAGAAGGAGAGCAGAUAAUUGAGAAGAUGAAAGCAGUUGGGGCCAAAGUUGUCAUGGAAUGAAACCUUAAGUCCUUAACCAACCAAUCAACGUUUUGUUUUUCAAGUUUUAGCAAUUUCAUGUAUUCCCUCCACUGCUGAGAAUUCAGAAAUAAUUUCAUAUUUCACUAGCAUUCUUGCAAGUUGCUUAUGAAUUGCAUAUGUGCAUUGUUCAAACUAAUGGCAGGUGACCCUUGAGAAGUUUUGGCUUAUGAGUAGUAGUAAACUAUGUGCAUUCCACCAAGCCAAGGUGUGUGAUGCUUCAUUUGGUUUUAUGAUGUGAAAAUAUUAUGGGCAAAUGCAUACACAUUCUUCAUUCUGUAUAACUUGAGUUAUU